CUUCUAAGCUGCAAUGUUGUUAUAUAUAUUUGCUUAUAAUUAAUCAUUUAUUUUUACUCUAUUUGUUUCAAAUACUAAAUUAUUUCGCAGGAGUUGUGCAGCAGUGGCUGUCAGUUGCAGACAAAAUCGGUUAUAAUAUUGUAACACGCUUAAAAAAUAAAAAAUUCCACAAGAAAACAGCUCAAAAAUGAAAAAUACCGUUUGGUUGCUUUAUGUGAGCAGCAUAGUCAUCAUGCGAAUCCAAGCUGAUGUGACAGUUGAGGAACAUUCUGCAAUGUGUUCUUUGUGUGAAGACCCCGCAAUAACAAGUUGUGAAAGCAUGGAUACAACAAAGUUGGACAGACAAAACGAUUGCAAGCAGCAAGGAUGUGUUAUAGCUAUGGACACUGAAACAAAUUACGUAUGUAUUUUGGAGAGUAAAAGCACACAGAGUUCCCAACUAGAACCCGACGUUAUAAGCGAGCAAUCGCAAGCAACCGUACUACCAGUGCCACUAGCUUUACAAAUGGUGACAACUGAGGCAACUGAGGGUGCGACAGAUGUAUCGAAAGAGAUUGACAAUCCCGUAGAUAUUGGUGAGAAUGGUAAUGCAGAAGUUGAGGAGCAGCAUGCAGCUGCUGAGCAAAUCGAAGCUCAACAGGAAAAUAGUGAUACCAAAGACAAAUCCUUGGAAAAGGUGAAAGAACCGCAACCAAUCGAAAUUGAGCACAAUGAAGAUCAAGGGGUUGAAGCUGGUGUGGGGGAAAUAUCGAAUGUAGAAGGAAAUGCAGAAGCAACGCAAGUCACUAGCGCUGAAGAUGUGGCUGAGGUGCAACCAGUGCAACAAGAAACAGUAGUAGAGCCGGAUAAUGGGCCAAAAUCGCCAGAUUAUCCUGCUGAUGCACCAGCCAUAAACGAGGGUGAAGCAAAUGUAGAAGUUCAGAAUCCCACUGCGACUGCUGAAAAACCGGAAGACACAGAGCAAACUGUACCGCCGAAUACUAACGAUAUCAAUGCAGCCAAUGAGGAGAAUGAUGCGAACGAAAAUACGUUGGAUACGAAUAAAGACGAAGUAUCGGUAAACAAUUAUGACGAACAAACUGCCUUGAAUGGUGGUGUAACUGCUGUGGUGGAACACAGUGACGAUACGGCGCCGACUGCAAAUGUGGGUGAGGCCGAAAAACCAGCAGUAGACAACGCUGAAUCACAGGACGUGGAAUCUAGUAAUGCAGUAAAUACUCCACCAAAUGUUAUAGUGGACAACAUUUCGCCGCCAGUGAACGCAGAUCAACUCCUGAGCUGCUACUCUUGCAGCAGCACCACGGAUACAAAGUGUGCGACGGGUCCUGGUAGAGCGAUGAACUGCCAACCAAUCGAACACAAACAGAAUGGCUGCUACACACUGUACAAAGCUGACACAAAUGUCACCACACGCGGCUGCAUUUCCGAACUCACUAACGAAGGCCUCAAGUACUGCAAGUCAAACUCAAAACAAUGCAUUCUGUGCUAUGAGAAGGCUUGCAACAAUCUUUUGGCGCCAUCGGCUGCUAUCCAAAGCAUUUCACAGUUGAGCCUUUGGUUGGGAUUAACCAGUUUUAUGUUGGCUUCAUUUAUGCUUUAAACUAAAUAAUGAAUAAAAAAAUGUAUUUGCAAGAUUUUAGUAAAUUUAAGCUCUAUGUAUAUAAAUUGUAAUUACUUUUUACGUAAACUCUGCAGAACAAAUAUGAAAUAAAUAAAAUGAUUUUUUUUUCUUUACACAAAAAA